UGCACACAUCAUCUACACAUACAUGUAAACCGUUGUAGGCAUACUAUACAUAAUGUGAUCUUCUGCUCUUUGCAGUAUGUACUUCCGUUAAUGAACUCGUGUUCUGUUGCCAGCAGCUGUGCACAUCAGGUCGAUACAUUUGGAAUUGCCUGGUUUUAUACAAUAUGCAUUUAACGUGAUCUGAAAAAAGAUGGCUGAGAACGGACAACGGACACAUCGCAUCGGUAUAGAACGGAUAAAGUAUCGCAAAGCACAAGAUGGCGGUGAGCAGCCAGAUGAAGCUAAGAUUCGGACAAUAUGCAGGGCAAUCUCGAGAGAAUGUAACUACAUCAGGCUCGAGUUCAAUAUUCGUGACAAUGGAACGUCGGAGUUCUUUGUUCGGGGAGCCGAGGAAAAGAUGGAGCUAGCUCUCAGGUUGAUACAUAUUAGACUCAAAGGAAAUAAUGGCGGAGAUCCCCCAACUUCUGUAGUCCCACUAACUCUCGAGAAUAUUAGGAAACACGACAAGAACCUCAAUGAAAGAAGACAGUUCGUAUGCGGCGGUUGCAAGAACAUCUGGUGGCGAAAAGUUUUCAGCUACAAACCCGUCUCGCGUUGUUCAGGAUGUCAAGUCCGUUACGAUCCUAUCCCCCGUUCCCGUGAGUAUGGUCAUGGUUACUACAAAUGUAGAAAUUGUGGAAACGAAUUCACUGGACGAGCUACAGCAGGAGUUCCUGCACCUUGCUUUGCUUGUGGUGCAAUGUGUCUACCCUCGAGAAUCGGACCUAUGCCUAACGUGGAUCGACCACGGAAUCAACCUCGCCGUCAGCGACAUGCAUGUGAUAGCUGCAAUAACGGUACGAUACAACCAUGCCCGUCUUUCAAUGAAUUCCCUGUCCUGAGCGCUCGGCAUGAAAGCACGGGGUCGACGGUCUCCACAUUCCUGACCCAAGCCAGCUCUCGGCCGUCCGUCAUCGAUUUCCAAGAUGACUAGCAAUUAAGGGUUCCCUCGACAUCAAGUUCAUGAGUACAUGUACUUGACGAUGAAGAAGGGAUGGUAACGACUAUAUUUAUGAGUAUGAUGACGUUUAUAAGCUUAUAAAAAUUCUGUCAUUGGUAAUAGGACAAGCUCUCAUUGUCCUUGUUAACUAUUAUGAUAAAACAACAUUUAACGUUAAUUGAAGAUCUUAUAAUCAAUAUUAGCAAACUGCUGACGGUGUUGAUUGUGACGAUUAUAAUCAUAUUAACUGAUUGGUUUCAGACAUUAUCGAAUUUGGACAGAUAAUAAUCAAUAUGUUAGACAACUGAAGAUUGGGAGGGGAGUAUGAGCUACACGUAUUUUCUGAAAAAUAUCGAUUUUGUGAUUCCAUAGAAUAAAUGACCCAAUUCGAACAGAUGUAUAUUUAGCUCUGUUACAAAAUAUGAACGAUAUGUGUGCUGAGAGCCAGAAGGGAGGAUAUCCCAUAUAUUAAAUACAUUCUUUUGACUCACAGCAGACAAAACACUAAUCACGGCCAGGGAUUUGGUAAUAUUUCUUUUCUUGCAUUUUCAUUUCAUUGAUAGUUUCUUUAAAUUAGCUAUGUAAGCUGUAUAUAAGGACAACAUCAUUAUGUCGGGUUUAUCCGUCUAGUCGGACGAAUUAUGAUUUCAUUUGAAAUACACGGCUUUCCUUUAUCCAUGAUGUUAGAUUGUUUAGAAAUACAUCAACAGAUUUGCUGUUGUUGUAAUUUAGGAACUAUUUUAUUCUUAUGUAGAUGUAAUUCAAUGAAACUGAUUUAGCGCGAGAUUCCAUUUUCAGUAGACCUAACGAAUGACUGUAAAAUAUAAAAUUAGAAUAUCUGAGUUCUCGAGAACGCAAGCGUUCCAGAGUGAACACUAUUUUAGGGAUCUAGUCUAUGGUUCCAUAUUAUUAUGUGUAUAAGAAUUGAAUAAUAUUUACAAAUGUUAUUUUGACCCCAUCGACUUCUAACAACUCUGUACAUUUCCCUUAUACUUAAAAUAACAUGGUAUUAAUUAAAUGGAAAUAUCAUAUUGAUACUUUUAUGGUUGAUAUCAAAUGAAUUCUCCAUCCAAACGAUUUGAUGAACAAGCUUUUGUUUUUAUUUUUUUCUUCUAAUCUGUUUGUUGCAGGUUGUUGUUCAAUUGUUUUCUAGUAUCAUUAAAAACUCACGAGCAUUUCCUCACUUUCAUCAUUAUUAGUGUUAUCAUGCUUGUACGGAGCUACAAUUAUACAUUUUAGAGGUCUACCUUCGUUUGAUACACGGAAAGUUGAGUGUUUGUAAAGGUGACACAUUAUUUGUGACCUUUCUCAUUUUUACGUCAGUUUAUAGAAGAAAUUAAUAUUAGAAAUGUCCCCUUAACCCUAUCUGUACUGGGCUAUUUUGAGCACCUCGU